AUGGUUAGAAUCAGCUCGCUCAGUUCCAGCAAGUUCUGGACCCUCUACGUUUUGGGAGCACAGGUGCUCCAGAUGGCCACUGUAGACGCUGUUUCUGUUCAGCAUCGGGCCAAAACCAACGCUUUGCAAGCCCACCUUUCUGACGCCCAGCGGGUGCUUGCGCCGGCUCCGUACUAUGAGAAAAGAGACUACGAGGACCACGACGCAGAAGCCGAGGACUACGACGAAGACGACGAGGAGUACGUCGCCGAAGAGUACCAAGAGGAGGACGCCAAAGACGGCGAUCUUGAGGCCUCCGGAGCCAGUUUUUCUGUGAAUGUCCCUGUCAAAGGGCCCGUUGCCGAGGAGGACCAGAGCUACGAUAAAGAUGGCAGACAGCUGGUGUACGAGGUGGACGUCGACCAAGUGAAGAACAUGAUCGAUUUCUACCUGGCCAUGGGCAAGGAAAAGUUUGCUGGAUUCCUUGCUACAUGUUCUGACGGCCACUUCACGGAGGCCAUGAAGAUGCUGAGCGCCGACAUGGCUUCCAACAAGGAGAGCGGCAAUCUGGGCCGUCUGAACAAGUUCUUGGACGCUACUGAAGAAUACCUCAAGCACAACACUGCUGCAGAGAUGUUCAGAAACGCUUUCAAGGGCGGCAAAGACGUUGAAACCUUCAAGCAGCUGGAGAAACUUGACCAGUACUGUGUUGAGAACGAGGAGGAGUGCAAAGAGGAGCUCGCGUUCCAGCAACAGACGGCGGAGAACUCGACUCUUAGCUUAGAGUACAAGAGGCAGGCGCGCAGAAGGUCGAAGUUGAUCCAGCAGGUUCUCCAGGACAUCGAGGACGGCAAGGAGGUUCCUAUCAGUGCUGCCGAGUUCGAGUACAGGGAGGGCAACAUUUUCCUGGAUGAAAAUUCCAACGACUACUACGAGGUGACCGACGACGACUGCCAGAGCGGUGCUAGCCAUCUGCGGUCCAGCUUCUCCACCCUGAUUGCCAUUUUCAUGGUGACACUUCUUAUUUAG